GCAAACAUGGCGUGCAAGAAAGUGUUUUCGUUGAAAUUUUCCCCUUAAAAUGCAAUCUUUUUAAGACUUAAAGAUGUUUAGGUAGUCCCAUUGAACGUGUAAGCAAAUCAACAAUGUUUGGAGGCAAAAGAACCCUUGUUUUUGUUCUGCUAUCCGUCGGAGCAGGAGGUUUACUUUGGUUGAGCGCAGUUUACUUCCGACGAAAACGAAGGCAACGAACUGCAGCCAUAGCUGAGAGUGAUUUACAGGCUGAACAGAACGAGGAAAAACCCAGGGGAACCUCCCGAAAAAUACCAGGACUGCGAACAAGAUCUCAACUUAAGUUCAAAUCUUCUUUAAAAGACUCUAAAACCAGCAAUGARGCUUCAAGAGGAGGCCUGAAUGAUGCAAUUGAUAGAAAUUCCAUGAUACCAGAUGGRAAGUCUUCAGAUGAAAGUUCAGGACUGUCAGAGUCACCACAGAGUGUUCAAGAUUGCAUUAGCCAAGGACUUGAUGAGUUCAAGUUUGCUCUGGAACAUUGGUACCAAGCAUCAAAUAACCUUUUGGAACUAAAAGAACAAGACAGAAUCAGUAGACAGGAUGAAAAUGCUUUGCAAUCGAUACUAAACUGUUCCCAAGAGCUGAGAAUGGUUAUAAUUCGCCAUGGCUUUGCUGAUAGUGAAAACUAUGCAAAUCCACCAAAAAAGUUGAUUCCCUGGAUGCAAAAUGAAGAUGAAAUAUUUGCUGAAGAUAUUGGAAACCUUGCGCAGGCUUCCCUYGAGGAUUCCGACUCUGAUAAUGAUUCGUUUYUGUCUGCGUCGGAAACUGCUGCAUUGGAGUUUGAUGACCUCAUUGAAGAGAGGUUUAUCAGAGAGUCUUCACAGCUAAAAAUGUUCAGGCAAACAAUUCUCAAAGCUGCUGACCAGCAUAGUCACCUAGAUUUCUAUGUGCGUGGAUUGGAGCAUUACGCAAGAUAUGAAAUUGAAUGCCGUAAGAUGAGGACUGAYGUUGUUGGCUGUAAAAGUGACAUGGAAUUCCUGGCAAAAGUUGUAUGCAUAAGAGAGGCCUCAAAGCUAGCCUUCUCAUCUCCUGACAACUGCACAUGGUUYGCAGAUAGUGGUCGAUAUUUAUUAUCAUCAAUAAUUGAAUCAAAGGGGAAUAACCCAGCAGACUUUGAAGCUGCAUUUGAUGAGUUGCUGCAGUACAGUGCAAAGCCUGAUAAUUGGAAACAAAUUGAAGAUGAAUUGAUUGGAAGAAGAGUGCCAGCCAUUUCAUUCUACGAUGUCCUGUUGGACUAUGUACUGUUAGAUGCCUUUGAUGAYCUUGCUACUCCACCCUAUUCUGUAGCUACUGCAAUUCAAAACCGCUGGCUGUCAGCGAGCAUCAAAGAAACGGCUCUCACUACUGCUAUAUGGGGAGUACUGAAAGCUAAGGCAUCGUACCUUGAAAACCAAUAUGGUUUUAUGGCUCAUUUCUAUGUGGUAUCCCAGUACACCAUACCUGUACUUGCAUGGGGUUUCCUGGGAACAGAUGAAGAUCUUAAAGAAUUGUGUGAAUUCUUUAAGGACCAAGUUCUUGGUUACAUCAAAGAUAUCUUUAGCUUUGAUGCUGCCGACUACUCUACAGUGGCUGGUUUAUCAGAUUCCAUCAUUCAGCUAGCAAAACUACGAUAUGAUAAUAUCAUGAAAAGAUUGGAAAAAUCUCUGCCACAGAAUGGCAGUGAACAGGCCAUGUCUGCUUAAUGUAUUUAUUUAGACAGCUGCGAGGGAGAUAGGUAAAAGGAGAGCUACCAUUUAGUCAUCCCAUUGAGAUAAAUGAAAGUAAUUUUAAAACGCUGUUUGCUUUCAUAAGCAGAAUAUUACAUGGUUACUUUGAGAUAUGGAUUUUGUUUUUUAUGCUCUUCYUUGAAGAUAAAAUCUUAUGUCUGCAUGACCCUAUAAUAACUUUAGAAAAAGAAUAAGAAAUUGUCAAUAUUUUAAAGUUUGUCUAUAAUAUUUAUAAAAGUAAAUAAGAUUUUUGGCGGAAGUAUUAAAACUUUUUAUCAUAARAUCACAUUUCUGUGGAAUGAAAUAAAAUUUCGAAAAUG